AUGUGGUCCACGGUGCGAGUGGUGCUCGGAGUGUUCCUAGUCCUGGCGGUUCUCGGUGUCGCUGGAAGAGAAGCAGGGCCUGCGACUCGAAAGCUUCGGGCGGAUCCACUCAGCGCUUUGGAGGACCACGAUUUGAUUGACCUACUGGAGAUCCCGCUGGAUGACGUCUUCCUCUUGCCCGAAACCUUGCCCCACGGUCGUGCGGGCCGACUAGAGAAGAACAAGCAGGUGUACACGAACACCAACAACUACGACGGCAACAACCGGGAGAGAAAGCUCCAGGCAUCCUCGCCGUCUCCAUCGCUUGCUGUUCCUACUGGGGCUCCUACCGACGGUGCCUCCCGCGGCAUCUCGUCGUCCUACUUCUCGUCCUUCGUAGACUCGCCGUCGGCUACUCCCACGGCGUCUCCUACCGUGGGGAGCGACAGCCGGGGGGGCCUCUUCGGAAGCAUGUCACCCUCGGCCUCGCCAACUGCCGUGGAAUCCGAUUCCGGCCCCGAUUUUGACGACGGUUUCGUGGACGACGUCCCCCGCCAGGCCGAUUCCGCUCUCAGGCGGGGCGGUGGCGGCGGCAGUUCUGCCGGGGUAGUGGUCGCAGCCAUGACGAUGGCGGUGGUUGCGUUCGGAAAGUUUUUGCCAUGAAGUUGUACGACAGCACUACGAGAGAGAGCGAGAGGCAGAGAGACAGAGACUGAGACUGAGACUGAGACUGAGACUGAGACUGAGACUGAGAGAGACAGAGACUUGACUGGUAGAUUUCCCCGGGUGGGCUUGUGCUCUCGACACGGCCAGGAGCUCUGGCUUUUGCGCAUGGAUUUUUUGCGGGCGGGGGGUUGGUUGUCCGGGUGGGCUUGCUUUGUCGAAAUGACAAAGAGUCCCCGGAUCCGCACCGUGUGUAUCUCGGUAUUUUGGCGGGCGGCGGUUGUUGCUGUUGCGUUGCCGGUGAAACAAUUGAUGAACGAGGGGUGAUGUAGAUGUCGGUGUACUGUAGCGUGGCGGCCCAGAGAGGCGGGCGCGUGCUGUGUCGUCCGCGUCGAGAGACGGUGAUGGUGCUAGUAGUAGCUUUUGUUCUCAACGAAGAGGAAACUGCCUCAUCGUGCCCUCUGGCAGGCCAUGCGGCUUCCACGCCAGCCGAAACGUUUUUUCUUCGGCGUUUUUUCAAGCACGCAUGGUGAUAUGCCUUGAUGUGACCUGUGUGUUGGAGUCUUGGGGCCCUCAGGGCAGGGACAAGAUGACCGGACGCGCUUCGCACAAAGCCGACGACCCCAUUUUUGCCGUGACGUGGACGCGUGAAGGGCAACCAACGCGCUUUUUGUUGCACUUUUCGUUUGAGGGGAUGCUUGUCGGCAUUGACAUUGAUUUCGGCAUCGACAUAGAUUGGCGAAUGGUGCCGCUAGGUAGGUUCGAUUGCAGAGGUGGUGGUAAACGUGGCAGUGGGGCUACUGGUUUCCCACAAGAGUGAAUAACGUUUUGGAGGAAGCUGGAUAGCGAGAGGAGCGGCACAACGGAGAAGCGUAGACAGACGCGGCGCUCUCGGUGAUUCGUCGCGUCUGGAUCGCAAACCAACGGCUGAGCCAGAUCGUUUUAUGUUUUACGCUUGCCUUGGCUCGCUCUUUGGUUGUUGCUAUCUUGAGGCCGGUCGGUUGUUAUUGCACUCGUCGUUCAUGUUUUGUUUCUCGCGGAUAUUUUGUUUGAUCUCCAACUUGGCCUGAGUCUCCCAGCGUCGUGCCUAUGGCCUUCUUCCGACCUAUUGUACCUGACGCGUUCUCCAUGUAUCACACAUUUUUUCACCACAUUCUCGUCACUCCUUGCCUUGUGGUGAAUGUUCGUCUUUGUUGUAUUCUAGCGGUGGCUGUGAAGAGUACUUUUCUACCAAGCACCGUUUCUUGUCACGUCGAUUUCGCGGGCGUCUUUCUUGUGACUGAUUGUCAUGCUGAGGCUCUCGAUCAGAUCAGUGACAGUCAACAGUCAGCAGCCCGUGAGGUGUUCUGAACACUUUCUCGGCAUUUCUUGUGGUGAUCUUCGGUAUUCUUUUCUUGUCGAAAUCGAGGGUGAUUGGUCCCGGUGAACUUCUGUACGCGCGCGUGCACUGUAUGGUGUCGACGUCUGUGUAUUUCUUUUUGGUGCUCUCUGGCGCCGUUGAAGCCAGAGGGCCCACGUUGCUGUGAGGCAUAAGGGGGAUUCCGCGGAUCUCACAACCAGAGGCAAUGCUCUCGAUAUUGCUGGAGGACUCGCCUGCUCGGGAGAGGUUGCGCGAUGUGAGUGGGUAGCAUGGAAGAGCACGAGCUGACUGAACAGCUGUGCCUGGGUCGCAUUCCCAU